AUGGCUCAACGUGACCACUCCAAUCCUCUUCCUUCGACUGAUGAUGCUACCAAGGUUAUAUUUAUCUGCAGUGUUUGCUCUAAUAAAUUUUCAAGUUUACACGAAGCUCAAAAUCAUCCUGGAUGCUGGCGUGAAAACGUAGAAAAUGUAAAUCAAGGAAAUGGAAUUCCUGAAAAGGAGCCAGCGACAGAAGAAAAUCAACAGAUUUUAGUUGAGAAACUAGUUGGGGAAACAAAUCUGGAUAUUCCAGAAAAAGAUGCUGAACCUAGUUUAGAAGUUCCAGAAACUGGCGCUGAAAUUCCAGAAAAAAUUGCCGAACCCAGCAUUGAAAUGCAAGAAAAAGCUGCAGAACUAAGAGUGGAAAUUCAAGAAAAAGUUGAUGUACCUGUACCUCAAUCAGGAAGUCAUUUUUGCCGAGUAUGUAAUUCUGUAUUUGAGUCUGAAGAAUCUCUACUACUUCAUUGCAAAACCCACCAAAUUGCAGCACCUGUAAUUCAGCAAACAGAUCCUGAGAAAUCCACAGAAUCUAAGGAACUGUUUCUAAAAAUAGAAACAGAUCAAGGAGAGUUCUGUGUCCAACUAGAUGCUAACGAUAUUUAUAAUUUGAGUGAACAGAAAGUUGCUUUAGAUUUGGAUUCAAUUAGAAAAUCAAACUCUGCCAGUUCUACUAACAAUUCCAACCCCAACGUAGUCACGUCUACUACACCUUUAACAGCUAAACUUCAAUCCAUAAAUUACAAAACAAACUAUGUUUUAGACCUUUUACAAGAAAAACUUCACAAUAAAAAUAGUACUCCUGUUUUAGUGGACACAGAUACCAAACUCAACAAACCUGUAGACAAAGUCAUUGAUGAAAUUAUUAGAAGAAAUGAGAAUAUCACAAGAAAAUCGACCGAUUCCAACGUUUUACACUCCGACGUUUCUAAAAAUAAACCUGUCAAUCAAAUCAUAGACGAGAUCAUCCAGCGGAAUGAAAACGUGACGCGAAAAACUCAAUCUAAAAAUAGUUACAAACCUCGGCUGUAUCAGAAACCUGAAACGGAACCGAGUGUCAUGUCAUUAGAAUCUGCGUUACCUAGCAACAUACAACCUGGAAGUCGCUUAAUGAUUGGUGGAACUACGUACGAAAUUUUAUAUACAUCAAACGACGAAGCAAAUACACCUACCGUAACCCAGGCAACAGAACCUGAACCAAACAUGAUCUAUAUCGUAGAUGACUCAGGUGAAGCUAUACAGAAUCCUCAGCAGUCUUACACACUUUCCAAUAUGGCGGAAGUGGCCGAAAUCAAUACUGUCAACUCCUUUGACGGAACUGUUCCCAUUGGUCAGAUUACAAAUAAUCAACCAAUGAGUCAAAGUCCUUCUUGUUUUGUUGAUGAUAUAUUUACUAUUAAUAGUAACGACGGUAACUUUGAGAAGAGAGGACAUCCAUCUCAAUCAUCUUCACCUCAGCCUUGUAAGAAAGCUAAAACCAGUACUAAAAAUAGCAUUGAAGAAGUGCGGACCUUUGUACCGGCACCUAUAAUUGAAGAACCUGAUGAUGUCCUGCCAGAAAAAGGUUCGAUGCCUGACGACCUGUAUGAUAUGAUCAUGUGCCACCUUACCCAACCAAAACCCACUAUAUUUAAAUGCACGAUGUGUCAUCGUUCUUUUCGAACAGAUGGACAGCUAAAGAAACAUGUAGAUUUUGAACAUAAAGACGAACCUCCGUUGACCUGUAAAGUCUGUAACACUAGCCGAACAUAUAAAUCUCGCGCUGCCUUAGAAAACCAUCUACGAGCUCACGAGCGCGAAGAGGAAAUUGCUAAACGUUUAAAAAUGAACGAGGAUUAUCAGGGUCAGGAGCAGACGUCCAAUUAUAUUUGUAAAUUCACUUCGCUUUAA